AUGUGCGGCGCGCUGCAGGUGUGGCUGCGGAGCGGAGCGGGGAAGCGCGUUAAUGAACAGGCAUACCUGCGGCCCGCCGGAGCCAUGCAGAAUCCAAUUCGCAGGAAGCACUCCCAGCGCACUUCCUCCCGCAGUCCUCCCUGGAAGUUUGAGUGUGGCCUGUGCGAGCGCUCCUUCGCGGAGAAGUGGGCGCUGAACAACCACAUGAAGCUCCACACUGGGGAAAAGCCCUUCAAGUGCGCCUGGCCUUCCUGCCACUACGCCUUCCUGUCCCUGUCGGCCAUGAGGGACCACUACAGGACGCACACCGGUGAGAAGUCCUACCUUUGUGACCUGUGCGGCUUUGCGGGGGGAACCAGACACGCCCUCACCAAACACAGACGGCAGCACACAGGGGAGCGGCCGUUCAAAUGUCACCUCUGCAACUUCGCCUCCACCACGCAGUCCCACCUGUCCCGGCACAAGCGCGUGCACACGGGGGAGAAGCCGUACCGCUGUCCCUGGUGCGAGUACAGGUCCAACUGCGCCGAGAACAUCCGCAAGCACAUCCUGCACACGGGGAAACACGAGGGUGUGAAGAUGUACAACUGCCCCAAGUGUGAGGCGGCAACCAACUCGCCCACCGAGUUCCGCAACCACCUGAAGGAGCACCACCCGGACAUCGAGAACCCGGACCUGGCCUACCUGCACGCCGGCAUCGUGUCCAAGUCCUACGAGUGCCGCCUGAAGGGCCAGGGGGCCGCCAUCGUGGAGACCCUGGAGGCCCCCGGCUCCCAGGCCGGGCCCUUCAGGUCCCCGGAGCCCGGCGGGGCCCACGACGGGCCGGUCCAGCAGCUGAUCAUCAUCCAGGGCUACGGCAACGGCGAGAUCGACCAGACGGAGCUGGAGGAGUCGGCCGCCACCACGCUGCAGACGCUCGCCAUGUCCGGCCAGGUGGCCAAGGUGCUCCACAUCACCGAGGACGGCCAGCUGGUGGCCGCCACCGGGGACGUGGCAUCGGGCGGCUCCGCCCACCUGGGCGCCUCUGGGGGCACGCAGUACGUGGUGCUGGAGUCCGGCGGCGGCGGCGGCGGCAGCGGCGGGAGGGAGGGCCUGCAGCAGGUGGUGGUGGCGGCGGCGAGGAGGGCGGCGGCGGCAGCGGCCGGGGAGACGGCGGGAGGACUUCAGGGAGGCAUGGCGUCCGAGUCGGCCACCGCUCUGGACGCGCUGCUGUGCGCCGUCAGUGAGCUGGGGCAGCAGGAGAUGGAGGUGCCAGCAGGAGGAGGAGGUGGAGGCGGGGAAGAGGAGGUGGUGGUAUCAAUGGGGGAGGCUCAGACGCCGCAGGGCGUGAAGGAGGAGGGGCUGGAGGAGCUGCAGCAGGAGGCGGAGGCGUCGUCCCCCAAGGAGGAGGAGGCGCAGAAGCCGACCAACGUCAUGCAGGAGGUGCUGCAGUUCGCCGCCGCCCAGAUGAUGAAGGAGGGCCUGAAGCAGGUGAUCAUCAACAGCGAGGGCACCCACUACAUCGUCACCGAGCUGGACGACUGCACCCUGCAGGUGGAGGAGGCCGUGUUCCAGGACACGCCCGAAGAGCCGGCGGAGGAGGGGGAGGAGCCGGCGGCCGUGGGGGAGGAGCCGGCGGCCGUGGGGGAGGAGCCGGCGGCGGUGGAGGCGGAGCCGGCGGCGGUGGAGGAGCAAGUGGAGGAGCAGACGGCGCCUCUGCUGGCGGAGCAGCUGCCAGGGGGAGGGAUGGUUGUCUUCCUGGACGGCGCUCCACACAAAGUGAUCCUGGAAGGGUAGUGAGGGGAGGGGGGUGGAACACUGGAUUCUUGGGGUCGGGCAGGAAAACUGGUCUGCUGUGUUCUAUGCAGAAUAGAAGCAGAUUCUGGUUUGGUGGGGGGGGAUUGAAGCUGGCCCCCGCCCUCUCUGAGUCAGAGCAAAUUGUUGAGCAUCAGUUGAAUUGUUUUUUUGUUGAAAUGCAUUUCUCCGAUAUUUAAUUUGUUGUUAUCCUCGGCUAAAGAUAAACUCAGGUAAAACCUUCGCGCAUUCUGUGUGAGGGUGGGUGUGACCCACCGAGGGAUGGAUGUUACGCACAUGUCCAUCUCAGUUACCACGGAGACCGUGGGAAGACAAAAAACAGAACUACUAGCAGCGACAGAUCUUCCUUCAGAACACAUGUUUUACGUUUGUGUGAUGUUGUCCUACAACUUUCCUUCUGCCGUUAAUUAGAAGUAUUUUAAAUUUGUUAUAAUGCGUGAACAAUGAACACUGCGCUUAGCUUUUUCUUUUCUCUUUUUUUUAUUGUUGACAUCCUAAAUUGAAACUCAAUAUACCAGUUUUUGUUGGUUAUCAGUUCUUCAGUUCUUUAAAGGCUUGGUUCAAUUCAGAUUCUAUUUCUUUCAUUUUCGUUCUUGUUAUUUUUCUUUAUGAAAUACAGCCAUUUAAAACAAUCUGAUGUUUUAAUCAAGCAGUUUGACAAUAAACACUGAAUAAACCCAGCCGUAAGAUGCAUUCUUUGCAGAAUGUAAUAGGAUGUACAGUAUAUUUGUAAUAUUUAACAUCAGUUCAAAACCUACCUUACUCCAACUCCUUUUUUUUUUUCGUUUCAACAAUAAAUCCUAUUAAACAUUA